AGUCGACCUCUAUCAAAAGUGAAAUACUUUAAUAUCGAGUGAUGACCGUUUUCGUUAAAGAGGUGUAGAAUCUUCGGAUUUCUUCUUUCGUCCUAAAAUUAAACCACGGCGAAUCACCGUGUGCCGUGACAAUCAUGAAGAGCAUCAAAAUGAAGGAUCGAUGCAAGUCUGCCGUCCUUGUGACGUCGAGAAGCGGCCCGGCGUUGCCGCCUCACUCACGUGCACGUAAUAACCAGCCCUGAAGGUAGUAAGUUGCGCUGUAAGAAUUAGUGACCACGAUCAUUCAUUUUCGAUCCCGCUGCACGACACGAGCUGCAGCGCUAUAAAUGUCCGCCUCCAAUUCCAAACAACACCUGUGACGCUUCUUCUUCGAUCCGGCAGCGCUUCUAAUGGGCGCCGCCACUUACGUCUCUGAAGAUGAAGGUCUGUAUCGCGACCGCCUUUGACGAAAGUCUGCAUCGCGAUCGCCUUUGAAGAAGGUCUGUAUCGCGACCGCCUUUGACGAAAGUCUGCAUCGCGAUCGCCUUUGAAGAAGGUCUGCAUCACGCGCGCCUCUGAAGAAGGUCUGCAUCACGCGCGCCUCUGAAGAAGGUCUGCAUCGCGACCGCCUUUGAAUUCGCUCCUCUGUAUCGCG